AUGGAGUUGCCAUCAACGACCUCACUUAAGAGACUUGCCAUCCAUCACCGACCCACCCUGUGUGGCCUCCUCUUACAUCUUCCCGCGAUCACCGAUCAAAUCCACCUGUCAUCCAUUGGAUUCACUACAGAUCAUAUCAUUUCAAUCCGGUGGUACGGUACAAUUUAUUCGAAAUCUUACCACAAGCCAGCACUUAUCAAUUCUACCUUAGGUCAAGAUGAUGCCAAUCUCCUUCAUGAUGGCCAUCCUUGCUGGAAUCACGUUCUACGAGUGCUGUUAUCUUGCGGGAGGCCAGUGGAACGGCACAACAUGUCCCCUGAAUUAUCGGAACCCUCGAGAAUUAAGACAAUUUUCGAAAUGCUGCGAAAAGAAUGGGGGAUUUGGAUCGACGCCUUUUUCUCGCAUAUCGCGAACAUUCAAGAUCCCACCCCCGAUGAUCUGCCCUCUGAUGGCGACCAUGCAAACAUGAAAACUGCUGCGCUCAGCAAUAACACGGCACAAGCAGCAACUAAGGUCCAAGAACAAGCCCCGUAUUUCGUUGAGAUAUCGUGCAAGUUUCGUACGUUCGUAGCCAGCCGCAAAUCUGUGCUUCUCGGCAACUCUUUUCUUAUUUUCUCGAACAGUGAGAAAAUGCAGCCAAGCGCCGAUACGGCGAAUAUGAAUGAUAAAACCGCAAGGAUCGCGCUGGCCAAGGUUUGUCAAGUCGCGCAUUCCUCUGCUUUCUAUCGAGGAGGGAAACCCGAUGAUCAUGGGGCGGAUAAUGGCGGCUGGAUCAUAGCCCGCCGAGCCUCCGACUCUAAGACAUCCCUCCCGAAGUCAAGAACAAUAGAUGGUCCAAUUGACCCACCUGCUCCACGUCUGGUCGCCUCCAAUGUGAAGAUUGACAAACUUGUGUUGGGGACAGAUAUGCAAGUGGCAAGAAGAAGCCCGAAGGAAGCAACGAGCAAAGCUGCACCGACGGCUGCAAAUAGCCGAGGGGACGGCAUUGUGUCUAAUCCGCUGGGCGUGCCCUACUAUCCAAUCAUUGCGCUAUCCGUCAUCCGAGCCUUUUUGAUCUUCAGAGGAUCUGAAAUUUUGGGCUCUGCCAUGCGCGCAAGGAGCCGCAACAUGUAUGCUGAGAGUCUUGAAUCACCGUACACCUUUCUUCCUUGUCCAUACAUGGUUUUUCAAGUGGUCCCCAAGUCAUUCGGCACCUAUUGCUACGUUCAAGUCAUUAACUUUCCGCCGUCCUUUUCCCGUAUUACAUGGGUCGCCAUCUCAAAGCCUUGCAGCGAUAGCUUUCUCACAAAAGGUGAUUUUGAGAGUGGGCAUAUCAGACAAGAAGCCAAAACUGCGAAGUUGAUCCUUAACACGUUACCAAACGUCAGCCCAAUAUCGACACCCAGAACUUGGGUUAACUUCCUGCGGUGUUCCCCGUACUUCAGGUAUGAUAGCCCUGGGAACUUCGACUGCACGCAUUUAUCACGUGCUUUGAGUGCGAGUACUAGAAAGAUGCUGAGUCGUCUUUCAUCAAUAUCGGGUACGUUGCUAAACUUGGCAGGUCGCCUUCCGGUUCAUCCGUUCCACCGAGACCGGGUAGCUUUCGGGGCUCAUAACCUUCUUAGGCCACCUUCGAGCUUCUUCUCCGGAGUGGUCGGUUCCAUUACGCCAAGUUGCCAAGCUAGGCCAAGCCAAAUCUCCAGCUCUUUGGUUCGAUUUCCCCAACUUCUCCCUGUUAAUCCGUUCUUCAAAGUUAACACAGCCUUCAAAGGCCAAGAAAGAAGGAACUUUGGACGAAACGAAGCGUUUCUUGCGUCGUUUUUCCAUCGUGAAAACUCGGAACAGCAAUCUCAAGCCGCGCGCCACCCCUUUCCUCGCCAUCAUCUCGGCGAAAAGACCCUUUUCAUCAAUCUGCGAGUCAGUCCCGCUGCUCGCUUAACACCCAUGGCGAUAGCGAAGGAAGGUGCUUUCAGCGUUUCCAUAGCUUCUGGACCGUUGGGUAGAGGGGACACCCCAGGGAAUUCCCGUAAGUUUGGUUGCUUGGCACGCGAUCCACUUCCAAAUCCAUGGCAUGAAGACUGCGUGCCUGAGCAGGUUGAUUAA